UACAGGUUGAAUAAGCGGUUGCCGGUUCCUUCGUCUAUAACCAGCUGGCUUCGUAAACAUGGCGACUGUCCGGCUAUUUUCACUUGGCAAAAAUGCGUCAGGCGUCCUGAGGUCAUGUGUACGUGGAGCAACUGUAACCCAAACUCGCUCCAACUACAAGUAUGUCACACAAGAGGAUCCGAGCAUGGAAUGGAAGGAUAUCACUGACCGUGCAGCUGCAACAAUCUUCUGGACUGAGCUGUGGAGAGGUGCUGCUGUAACACUAGGUCACAUCUUCAAGGAACCAGCAACGAUUAACUACCCAUUUGAGAAAGGACCCCUGAGUCCACGAUUCCGUGGAGAACAUGCUUUGCGACGUUAUCCAUCUGGGGAAGAACGCUGCAUUGCUUGCAAGUUGUGUGAGGCCAUUUGCCCAGCUCAGGCCAUCACCAUUGAAGCAGAGGAGCGUGCUGAUGGUGCCAGGCGCACUACUCGGUAUGACAUUGACAUGACAAAGUGCAUUUAUUGUGGAUUUUGCCAGGAGGCAUGCCCUGUGGAUGCCAUUGUUGAGGGGCCCCACUUUGAGUCUCUAACUGAGACCCAUGAAGAACUCCUCUACAACAAGGAGAAAUUGUUAAGCAAUGGGACACGUGGGAACCUGAAAUGCCGCAAACAUUCGUCUGACCACCUAUACAGAUAA